UUAAUAUAUACUAUAUAUGUAAGAUUAAAAUGGUGACUUAGCAAUGCUAAUUGAUAGCUACGUAUUAGUAUUUGUAAAACACGGCAAACGCGAGUUGAUCUUUAUAUUAAAUAACGGUGAUAAAUGUAAAUUUCAUGUUUAUAUGGGGUAGAUGAUGUUUUCUUCAUACGCGCAUGACAAAAAUGGCGUUUGCCUCCAGAUUUAAUCUUAAGGCUACUGCGUGAUGACCGCCAGGUGGCAGCCGUGAGAUGGAUUCUGCGUCACGCCUUUCUAUUUAUUUAUUUAUCCGACUAUGCUUGGAGGUGUUCGUGUUUUUAAUACUAAAUUGUGCUCUUUACAUCGUUGUACGUCGCGCACACAGGGGAUCGUGCUGGUGCAUCACUCUGCAGCCAUGGCGUACCCAUGAGGAGGACGGGGUGCAACUGGGCUCUUCCAGCGCCGUUUUACUUCUGCAGUUAUGUCGCGGUUUGUCUGCUAUCCUUCGCCAUGUCUCUGCUCCCCGCUUACCUGCUACUGUCAGCGCUGUUGAUUUUCUCUGAGGAUGGGCUGAUGAAGAAGGUAGAGGGCGGCCGGAUCGCCGCUCUCCGGGCCGAGUCCGGCAUCAUCGGGCGGGGGGGCUCCGCCGCCCAACGACUGCUGAAGCCGCCCCAGCAUAACGUUCAGAGGGCGCCGCCGGCUGCGUCAGAUUCCACCUUUACCUUAAAGGUACAAGUGAGGGAUGCCAGCAGCCAACAGUUCCUGAGCAAAGUUUCUGUGGAAGUGUUUGUGAAUUACACACAGACCAACUCUGCCCUCACAGCAGAGAAUGGGGCCGUCCUGCUUAAAGUGCCCUAUCAACUGGGCUUGACACUUACCAUCAUGGCCAGCAUGGACGGGUACACCCUCACGCCGCUGCCUUGGAAAACCAGCAAAAUGCCAAUUUUCUCCUCUGUGACACUUUCAAUGUUCCCUCAAAACCAAGGAAACAUUUGGCUUUUUGAGGAUUCUGUUAUGAUAACUGGGAAGAUUUCUGAUGCACUGACUCAACCAAGUGUGCAGUUUCCCAAGAACCUGCUGAAGCUGUCAGAGAGCAGAAACAUCUCCUCCAUCAUUGCCUACUUGACAGUGCCUCAGCUUCCUUCCGAGAAGGAUUGCUUCUUAUACACUGUGGGCGUUCUUAUCAACAAGUCUGGUUUCCGGAACAUUGAGCUCAGUCCAAUGGCAGCAGUGAGUGUCCAGCUCCUAUCUUAUGGAAAGGAGGUCCAUGUAACGGGGCCAAUCCAGAUCACAUUGCCCUUGGCAGAAAAUUCUGGUCUGCGUGCUUCAGACGCUAUACCGGCCUGGACAUUUGAUAUGAAGACUGGUGCCUGGGUGAAUCGGGGUCUUGGAAUGGUGAAGAUGGAGGACGACGGUCUGGUUUGGACAUAUAUUGCACCUCAUUUAGGAUAUUGGAUUGCUGCACCCUUACCUACAUCCAGGGGUUACAUGGGACAUGCAACUUCUUUGGACUUCAUCUCAUACCAUACGUACCUUCUCAUGGUAAUCCUGGGAGGAACUCUAAUUAUUGUUUUUGGAUUUGUAACUGUGCUGUUAUGUUAUUGUAGGGUGUGUGCAUGUGAACCGGAAAAUAAGAGAGUAAAUGUCACCAAAAUGGUGGCUUUGAAGAAAGACCAGACCACUUCUACUAACAACAGUGGGAGCAGGGAAAUAUCCUUCAAAGAUUCUGCUCACCAUGAUGAUAGAUCCUACUCAGUGGCUUCCACUAGUGGUGGGCGAAGAGAAGAGUACGGUCCUUCUUGGCCUCUGGGCAAAUUCAACAUUUACGUGGAGGAUGUGGGGCUACAGUCUUCCAAAGUAGGAAACAAAGGUCCUGAGUUCAUCAGGCCCCACCAAUCUCCUAUUUACGUCAACAGCCGCGAGGCAGUACGGCUGAAGGAAAUGGCCGAAAGGAAGGUGGUACAACUCGGCCUGAAUGAGAAUGUGUUUUUUACUCAUAUUUACAACCAGCCAGUGGCCAUUCUUCAGGCACCUGAGCUCUUUCAGUCCUCUGAACAGCUAGCCGGCUGCAAGUCAGCCACCCUUCCUCGGAAAAGCCAAAUGGCUAACGAGACUGAGCCUACCAGUAAAGACAGCUUUACCCAGACUCUACCCAAGAUCUCUAUGCUCUCCCAUCUUCAACACCAGGCCAAUGAGGAGCAGCAGGUUCUGGAGGGUCCCCAAAGUUCUGCUUCCAACCCAGGAGCAUGGGGGCGAUACAACAACCUUUUGGAGUCUGUGUCUGUCCCGGGUACCCUGAACGAAGCUGUACAGAUGGGCCCUUUGUGUAGCGAGAUUCAGGGCAUUUCAGAGCAGACCUUGCUUGAGCUUUCAAAAGGCAAACCUCAGCAUCCUAGGGCCUGGUUUGUCUCACUGGAGGGCAAGCCUGCUGCCCAGGUGCGCCACUCUAUUAUUGACCUGCAGAAGAGGCACAGGCCAACUGACAGCAACGACACCAGCUUAGACUCCGGGGUGGACAUGAAUGAACACCAUUCAAGCAAGAGACUCGAAAGGGAGAAGACCUUUGUGAAAAGCAUGCCCCACAGUAAGGCCCUGUAUGCGGAGGACCUGGAUUUGAGCAGCAGUGAGAGCGGGACCACCGCAGCCUGCACCCCCGAGGAUGUCACCUUGAGGAAUAUCCUGGACAGUGGAAGCGGGAGCAUUCCUAACAUCCCAGAGGAAAGAGAUGGCGCGGACACAUCCAGCGCCCAGGAGGAUAGUGAGUCCCGCUCAUCACCUCCGCCGCGUCGUCUAAGGAAGGUCAGGGACCGGAGCAAAGUAGACAAACAAAAAACUACUUGGCACCUUCGAGAAGAGAGGCCACUGAAGAAACUAAACUAAUGCCAUUUAAUCUCAGCUUUUUUUAAAUGGGUAACAAGCAGAGUGUAUAAUAAUGUUUCUGGUAACUGGAAAUUUCCUUUGGCAAAGAUGAUCGACAGACAACAGUUUGACCUUGUUGCAAAAAUUCACUGAGUAGCCUGGCUAAUAAAGUGUUUUUUGGUCAUCUUGAAGAUUAGCUUUACUUUGCAAAAUAGAUGCCACUUACUUAAAAAUUGUGCACAGUGCAUAUGGUUUGUAUUAUGAUUCCCGCUUCAUACUUCAUCCAGGUAGGAUGACACAGAGCCAUAUUACACCGAAGAAGAAACAGAGUGUUAAUUUGAGGAUGAGAGUGGUGACCCCUGGGGAGGAGAGGGUGUGACCCCUGUUUCAGUAGGGUGUGAGCAUGUGUUUGUGGGGGUGGGGGGUGGAAAGAAAACAACUCGCACAACCAUUGGGAAUAAAGCACACAUAAAGUAAAUGUGCUCUUCUGAUCUUCUGAACUUGCUCAAAACUUGGAUGUUCACACUCAUCUCUCCCUCCCCACUCAAAUUUCUAUGAACAUUGUUGAGAGAAAUACUGACAUGGUUGAGAAAAUGUUGUUUGAAAGCUAUAACAAGACAUCUACAGUAUGCAUGGUAGAUGAUAUGAUUCUAUGAACCUUAAAAAUGUUAAAAAUUGUAUAUGCUUAGGGAGUAGAACUGAAAGCAGUAUACACUUCACAGGAACCCAAGUCCUCUGUUACAAAAGCGGAGUGUUUGUGUGCAGCUCUGACAAUUUUCCUCUCACUGUCAUUGUGUAAUGGUUGGAAAGAACAUGUCACCAAACAGCAAUGUAAAUGAUAAAAUGGACUUCAUUAUCAUACCAUCCAUGUACACAGUGGUACGAACGAGUUCCCACAGAACCACAGGGCAACAUACAUACAGACAGCGAGUGACGAGGGGAGAGUUUCCACAAUAUUUAUAGUGCAGAAUACAGGACAGUGUGAAACAGGGGGGCUGGUCACAAAGAAAAUAAUUAAGUGCUACAGUGUUUGUAGUUUAAUCUUAAAGUUUUGCCAUGCAGUAACAAGACAUUUUUCAUUGUACAAUGUUGGAAGGGCUCAAGGGAUUAAUUUUUAAAUCUUUGUGGCAGUCAGUUCACUGGCAAAAUAAUGUACAAUGCACAGAAUAUAAUUUAUAUUCUUCUUCUCAUUUAUUGCAGCUGGUGACUUAUUGUACAGAUAUUCUAUAUAUUGUGAACAAGGUCACAGUGACAGAGUAUUCAUAGUGAAAAAUGAAAAAUACCAGACAAUAGUACAAGUAGAAUCCUAAGUUUAAUGAUUGUGUUUUAAACACAAACCUAACAAAAACCGCACAUCUUUCACGAAUUUAUAUGAGUUACCAUUUUAGUAUGAAGAGUUGUUCAUGCCCUAUAAAUUCAGCGUACUGAAGAAACAUAUUCAGUCAAAAUCUCUUAGUGGGUUUACCUUCAUUUGGCAAUUUGGCACACUGGAUUUAAAUGGGAAUUGUAUUUGUUGUUUGUAUUUGGAAUGAGGAAUACAAAUCGUAGGUAUACUAGUUAAAACAAACUGGAUGUACAUAUAAAGGCAACUUAUUUUCUCAUUGCUAAUUUUACAGCACAUAUUUUUAAAGACUGAAUAGUCAGACAUCCAUUUAAUUUUCACAGUUUUAGCAUUGUUGUGAUGACUAAUGUGUACAUCUUUGGUUUAAUGUUUACAGUUAAAGCUGAUAUGAGCACAGAAUUUUUUAAAAUUGCUUUUAAGUUUCCCAUGUUUGUAUCAAACAUGUUUCUCUGCAGUAUAUCUUUCUUAUUUCCAUUCCAUCUAUAGUCUUUAAUUUAUAAUAGUCGAAACUUGAUUUGUCAGACAUAAUUUCAUUUGGAAAGACAUUUUUAUGGAGUACGUUUUGUGUCAGUCUGCGUUUGUUUUAUUGAACCCAAAUGGAUCAUCUGUUGGUGGUUUUGUGUUUCAGUGCAACUGUACUGGUUUAAAAAUGGUCAACAACCUAGUGUCUCUAAACAGCACUUUUGAAUGUCAUUAUUUGUUAUGUUACAGAAAUUGCAGCCCCAUCAAAUGCCUUUACUGUCAUCAAAUCCUGAAAAUAAUGUCAUUUUUAUGUAAGUAAAACAGGAAUUUGUACGCACUUAAUACUGUUUCAUGUAGAAGCAUUGAGCUGUUUUAUAUUUUUUUCUUUUAAAUGAACGGCAAUAGUUUGAGCCUAAUCAUUGCAGGUGUUAAAACAUGGCAAAAUGUAAUAUUCUGUAUAAUAGUGAUAAAUAUUCUUUAUUACAUUUUUCCUAAAUUGAUUAUCCUGGUAUGGCAAUACAUAUCUAAAUCAAAGUAUUAAAUUAAAUUGGACUGGGACAAAAAAUUGCAGUAAUGUCUGUCACUGUUAACUAAUACAUAAUAUAUGCAGAAAAAAAUCUCAGUCAAUGUAGAUUUCAAAUAAUUAACUACAAGUCCUUUUUUAUAAAACAUAAAAAUAAACUAAUGUUUUAUUAAUGCUGAUUUGCAGUUAAUUGCCAAGUUGUAAUUAAUACCACCCUUUGUUCCCCCCUCAAUAUCAAAGACUUUUUAUGAACCUUUAUGUGUAAUGUGGUAUUAAUUACUCGCUGGUUAUUGAAACAAUGUUUGAUCACUUUUUACUCAUUUUUUGCUUGUAUAUUUUCACAGAGGGGGCAAAACAUUUAAGGGGGAGUAUCCCCAUAAUUACAUAGCUAAUUUUAACAUAUGAUACAUAAAUCUGAAGCACAUGACAUAUUUAGUUCUCUGCAAAUGUGAAAACUGUUAUAACUGAUGUCUCUUUGGGUGCAUGGCUGCAUGUCCAUUGUUUACUUGUGUUUUUAGUCUACUACGAAAGUCCAUUAGAUGGACAUUAUGUUAUGUGUCUUCUUUGUUUCGUGUUUUAUACUUAAAAGUAAAUUGUCUGCCUUUUAUGUGAUGUUCUACGCUUUACUAUAAAUAAAGUUUCUUUGCAAUGCA